AUGUCAAUAGCGAACAUAACCAACAACGCCAAAGACAACACAGAAGCAUCAGUAAGUGAAAUCGUCCAGUUUUGUAUUUGUAUCCGAUUUACCAUGAAGAUCCCACUAAUAAUUGCUGGGUAUUUUAUGGCACUGAUUAUAUCAGCGGAAAGUCAGAACGAACCAACAAGUUUAGUUAGCAUCUUGAACAUAGCCCGUUAUCAAAAUACCGAGUGUCUUGCAGAAAAUGGCUUAACAGGUAUUUGUCUAACUGAUGGUGAUUGCUCAAGAAGAAACGGAGCCAAAAUUGGUAACUGUGCCAAUGGAUAUGCCGUCUGUUGUCUUGAGAGAUUCACAUGUGGAAACGUUACGUCGAAGAAUGAAACCGUGUUUGUAAAUCCUAGUUAUCCUUUUAAUAGUGAAAACGGAACAGACACAUGCCAAGUAACUGUGGGGAAUCCAACUGAUGUGUGUCAGUUACGACUGGACUUCUUGGAGUUUAGUCUGGGUCAGCCCGAUGACGAUGGUCAUUGUACCACUGACUCAUUUAUGGUGAGGUCAAUGGUGGGUGAAACGCUUCCCAUUCUCUGUGGAGAAAACAGCGGUCAACACAUAUAUGUCGAUUUGGGAAGAAGCUCCACCAACCCUGUGGUGCUUAGUGUGGUUAGUAACAGCCUUAAGACAACUCGUAGAUGGCAAAUCAAAAUCUCCAUGAUUAAGUGUAAUAGUUUAGAUAUGGCUCCCUCUGGCUGUCUACAGUACUACCGGAAGCCUAGUGAUUUCGUCCGUAGUUUCAACUGGGGACCAAAGAAAGAGAACCAUAUCCGUUACCUUAGUAACCUGAGGUACACAGUCUGCACUCGAAUGGAGGAAAAUUUCUGCUCCAUCAAGUGGACAACCGAAACCCCAGAUUCUUUCUCCUGGGGCAUGCCUGCAAGUCGUGGCAGCCAAGGCAAAGACUGCAACGACGACGACUUCGUUGUGAUCUCCCAAGGAUCAUCUGAAGGAUUAGAUAUUGGAGAAGACAGGUUCUGUGGGUCAAAACUUCUUCAUAAAAAUGUCAUCAUAUCUCAUGUAAAGCCCUUUUUUCUGGGUGUUGUGAGUAAUAAAAACGCAACCCUGAAUCGAAAACAUUCGCAAUUUGGAUUUUCGUUGCGUUAUACUCAACUUCCGUGUAUGGUUUAA